UGAGGGGGGGGGGGGGAAUAGGCUUCUCCAUUAUCUGUGCUGUUCCUGCACUUGGCACCUCGUCAGCCCAGAGAGGAAAUUUCCAUGGCUGUGUAUGUGACGGUCCUGGAGAUGAGCUCGGCAGCUGCUCGUGUUACAAGGAUUUCAAGGAAAAAAACCUCAAGUCAAUGUAUCAGGAUUAACUGCUGACGUCCGGCUUUAUUCAUUACCUGUGUAAAACUGAGGGAGGAAAUAAGAGGGGAAGGAAAGGACAGGCAGAAAGAAAUGAAGAUAAAAAAGAAAGUAGUUGAGCAGGUCAGAAAUAUUCCUAAACAGCCCCCUCCUCUUUCUUCCUUCUUUCCUUUGACUUGUCUCUUACACGCUCCAUCUUCUGAAUCUGUUUUUUUUUACUUCUGUUCGUUGUGUCUGAGACCUCUUCACUACUCCCUUCUUUACUUCCUGACCUUUACAGGACCCAGGAUCUGCUGAACACUUUUCUCUCCAUUUCUUCCUCCGUCCCACCCUUCUUUCAUUCCUCCCCCCUCCUUCCCUGUGGUUUGUCUAGGACCCUGUUGCACCUGCAGAGCCCUGGGAGCCUUUGACGUCAGUACUGUAAACGCAGGGAUGUGCUGCGCCGGGCGGCAACGGUGAUGAAAAGCGGAACGUGAGUGCAGCAGCCGCCGGCGCAGACGUCUGCAGCUCACUCCGGACCUCCGCGCACAUGCAGACACCGUGAAGAAGGCUCGCCCACAACACACACACACACAGGUCCAGGUUCCAAUUCCUCCACGACCAGUAUGUCCUCCGCUGUCACCGAGACCGGGGAGGAUGCGCCUGGCUCGCCGCUUACGCCGCUCAAGCUGGUGGGGCUCGUGUGCGUGUUUCUGGCGCUGUGUCUGGACGUGGGCGCCGUGAUGAGUCCUGCCUGGGUUACGGCCGACGACCAGUACUAUUUAUCCCUGUGGGAGUCCUGCUGGAAACCGACGAGGAACGACCAGUGGCAGUGCAGCAGCACGCUGCCCUCAGGUCCCAACCAAGAUCUUGUGCAUUUCAUUUUCAGCCCUGACUGGCAGGUUGUCACACUGGCCCUGUUGCUAGGGGGCGGAGCACUGGUGCUGAUGUCAUUCCUCGUUGCCCUAGUUGCCGUGGGCAUUGGGACAAGACGGUGGUUCUACACACCGGUCGCCUUCAUGCUCUUCGCUGCAGUCGUCCUCCAGGUGUGCAGCUUGGUCCUUUACCCCAUCAAGUUCAUUGAGAGCAUCAACCUUCGCAUCUACCACGAGUUCAACUGGGGCUACGGCCUGGCCUGGGGAGGGACUAUCUUCUCAUUUGGUGGGGGGAUUCUCUACUGCCUCAACCCCAAGAGCUACGAAGAUUACUAUUAGCUCAGACUGAAGGGGGCCGCUCUUCAGAGGCGUCUGCAGCCGGGCCAACUCAAAAUGACUCUGUUACUGAGGAAAUACUGUACACUGGACUUCAGCCUGGAACUGCAUCUCAAUCAUGAGGAAGAGGACACCAAGGAUGGUCAGCAGGGUCUUUCUAGUUUACGCACCGACACCUUUUCUUCCUUGUUAGAUAUUUCACCAAGAUGAACUUUUGCACCUAUGAAUAUCUUAUUCAUAAAAUAUGUGCUGGGUGUUAUCAUCAUCAUCAUCAUCAUCAUCAUCAUCGUCAUGUUUUAAUUAUCAUCAUUUUCUUCACCAUCAUCACCAUUUAGAUGGACACAACUUUUCCAUGUUCAAUACCAAUAUCAAUACUGCAACUUGGAGUAUCUGCCCAUACCAAUAUCAAUCCAAUACCUUCUUUUCCUCUUCUCCGUUGCUGAGGUGAUAGUGUUCUUGUUUACGACAUGUCACACAAAGCUAAGUUGAGCGUUUGGGCUAAGGUACCAGAUCAGAGGGGUCAUAGUUGUUUUAUUUGAUGUUCGAUCCUGUAAUUUUGACCAAUGUCGGAUACUGAUCCUGAAUAUCGGAUUGUGCCAUCCCUAUCAUCAUCAUCAUCAUCAUCAUCAUCAUCAUCAUCUGCUUUAUAGUCCAAAGGACUUUUAGUACCAUUGGGUUUUUAUUAUUAUUUUUAUUAAUAGUAUGUUAACAUUUUCCCUUUGGAAUUUACUUGGAUAGGAUAUUUUCGCUGCUCUUGUAUCAAUAUCUAAGGUAGUCUUACAGUUUGGUCAACUAUUUUUAGUCUAGUUCUGCAGUAUUUUGCGCAACUGUUUGGACUUUAUUUUAGUCUCUACUAUGCUAGAAUAGUAGUUUCUGGCCUUUUCCUGCAUUCUCUUACUUACCUGCGAGAUCCUGAUCAACCGAGGAAAUGGCCUGCAGGGAGCAGUGCAACACCAUCAGUGUUGUUAUCAUCACAGGUCUGUGCCUGUGGUAACUGACAGGGACAGCGUAUCAUUGAUGCUGUGAUGGAUUAGCCUCGGUCAGGGAUGUGAGAUGAGGGCUGACCUCAUCACCACCUGGAGUCUGAAACUCCUCGCUUCUCUGUGACCUGCUUCAGCCGUACACUCGCUCUCUCUCUCUCUCUCUCUCUCUCUCUCUCAGGCUCUGAGAUCUGCUGCUGCUUUUGCCUUCUCCUAAAACCAGGCUGAAGCUCAGAGAAAUCAGGCUUUUUCAGUUGUACCUCAUACACUGUGGAACAAACCGCCUUCAGAUAUUAAACAGGCAUCUUUACUUCAUGUUUUCAAGCCUCUCUCCAAAAAUUCAUCAAAGAUUUAACAUUUUUGCUUUUUUCCCCUGUUUUUCCUGUCAUCUCUGUCUUGUUUUCUCCCUAACUUUUACACAUUCAUUAUUGUGCAGCACUUUGCUUCAUCUCUGUUAUUUUUACAUGUGCUUUAUAAAAAGAUGAAUUGGAAUCGUAGGCUAUUUUUAGACCAGUCUUAGGCUUUAAUCAGGAUCAUGUCUGAUAGAAUCCAGAGCGUUGUCUGUAUGCUUUCAAAAGUUGAAGAGGUCAUUUGUGCUGGAAAGCCUUAGUCUAAAUAAAGGUGCACUCACAUGAACACACUGCUUUAGUGCCCUUCAGACCAUGUACCUAAGUCAGAUUUGUAAGAAAUUCACUCAUUUGGGAGCAUUUCUUAACAAUUUGUAGCAAUUUAAUAAUAAUAAUUAUUAUUAUUAUUAUUUAAAUAAUGUAAUCUUCUAAAUAAUUGUAUUUCCUUUGUAACUCUUUUUAAUCUAUAUCUUUAAGGUUUGGCUAAGUUGUUUGCUUUUAAAUUACUUACAGUUAACAAUGUUGUUUUUGUCCUACAUAAUAUUAGUAGCAUAGCUGUUAUAUUUUCAACAUCAUUUGUCUAAUCUGUGUUUUUGCUGUUUGAUGGUGUUAAUUAGACCCACAACUAUUUGCACUAAACUUUCUAGGCCGUUGUCAGUCAUGACAUAUUUCAUAUCAAGAAAUACUAAGUGUUUUCUGGAGUGAGCUUUGGCCUUAACAGUCAGACACGGCAUUGUCAGUUUUUUUGCGUCACAAUUUGAUUAAUGUUUACAGACGUUAACGUCCAGCAAGUUUCUUAAAACCUGUUUAAAUUGAGAUUUAAGACUAGAAUUUGAGUCUUGAGGCUUCUUGAGGAAUUUGUAAUGGAGUUCAGAGUCUGGAAGAUUUUCUUGUACACUACAAACCAAAGUCACAAUGAUUGGGGCAUCAUCAGGUAGUUUUGCUGCUGUCUAAUUAGGCCAAAGCAUUCAUAAUUGGCACAAUAGGUUAAUAUUAGCAAAACUAAAAGUAAGGUAAAUAUAAAUGAAAGUUGACUAAUAUAGCAUCACAAUACUCAAAGUUUAAAUAACAAAACAAACAGGCAAUAACUAUGGUGACCAACUGAAGUAGAAUUUAUUUAUUUUGAACUAUUAUUAUUAUUAUUUUUGAAAACUGAAGACAUGUUUUUGGCUAUGAUAAUCUAGUUUCACCUCAUGCUAGCUGUCAUUAGCAGAUUAACUUAACCCAAAGUAAAGACAUGUUUUACAAAAACCCGCCUGAUAAAAAAUAAUAGACUGCAGCAUAAGUGGCUAACUUUUGGGGUCCGUAUAUGUGUGAAAUGUGUUCUUAACCCCAGAAAUGAUAAACAAUUAGUAUUCUGGUGUUUGUUUAGCCAUGAACGUAAGCACCAAAAACUGCCUGAACUUGGCCCACCAGUAUUCAUGGGCAUGUACAUAUCAGGUUUAUAGACUGAUAAAAAAAGUCUCUUGUUGGCAUAUGUGUUUGUUUAUAUGUGUUGUUGUGUUAUUUUCUUUACAAUAUCCUGUCCUAGAAAGUUUAUCACUAUAACUCCGUGUAGUCUGUGUAACUGACUGUCAUAGGCUCAUCUUCAAAACGUUCAUUGGUGAGUCUGUUUAGUGUUAAAUGUUUCAAAUCUGCAACAGAAACAGGAGUCAUAGAGUAACGAUAUUACAUUAUCAUAGUGCCAUCCUGUGGACAACACGUGUCUUACAUGUAGUCUUUACCUUUGUCUCACCAGUCUUCCAGAAUCAAACCAUCACUUAAGUUAUCUGGAACCCAUCAAAUGUCUGAGCUCCAUCCAAGAACUGUUAGGCCUCCUUAAGCUGACCAUAAGUCAUCUAACCACUAUCCAUUAGCAUUAGCUAACAUUAGCUACGUAUUCACUGACAAAAAUAAGGCAAUUGUAAAUUAAGAGUAGAAAGAGAGAAACGCUGUUCAAAAAUUAGAUGUUUCCAUGUUUUGGAAUUAUAGCAGACAGCCAAGUGUUCAUUCAAAACAGUAGGUGUGAUGGUGUUUGUACGUCCGUGUUGGCAUUUUCACAAUGUUGCUGUAUAGAGAUGUCAGUAAAAAUGUUUAUCUCUUUGUACCUUUGAAAAUUAAAGCACUGGAAAUAAAAGCAAAAGCUCUGUCUCUAGUUAGGUUUUUUCCCACUUCACUUUAAUCUUCCUGUAAUAAAUGUCUCAUUAUGAAAUGUAUAUUAAACAUUAUUUCUAGAGCUGUUGUUGUCACUUUCACAGAUGUCUGUUUCCUAAAGUGGAGAACAGAAUAUACUGUAACUGUCUAUGGUACUAUAAAAACGUUUUAUACUGUAAAUAAAUCUAGUACAUUAUUCCCCU